CGCCCCGGCUGCGUGCUUGGUGAUUGUGUCUCCGGCCCAUAUCGUGUGCUUUCGUGACAGAGUAUUUCGUUUCUAUCGCGCCGGCCGCGGCAAGCUAGCACUCUUAAGCUUAUCAAUCGCAAGGUCUUGUGCUCGCUUCUGUGUACCGGGACACUGUUACGUGCUGUCUAAGAACUUGGUGCUUCGACGUGGUGCGAAAAGGCGUCGGUGAUACCAUGAAGAACAAAUUAUUCGGCCUUGCGCCGGUACUGGUCCUGCUAUUGCAAUCUUCAUUAGUGUUAAGUCGAAUAGCAUUCGAAAAACUCACGGAUGUAGAUUUUUCUGGAACGGCGUACUAUACUGUACGUAAUCUGUCAUUGUACGAGUGUCAGGGUUGGUGCCGAGAGGAACCGGAUUGUCAAGCUGCCGCCUUCAGUUUUGUGCUGAACCCAUUAACACCAGUCCAGGAGACGCGGUGCUUGCUGCAGAAUGACACACAGGCCAACAACCCGAUGGCCACUCCUCAGCGAUCUGUAAAUACUUACUACAUGGUAAAAUUGCAAGUAAGGACGGAGAGUGUUUGUCUGCGGCCGUGGGCGUUCGAACGAGUGCCGGGCAAAGCCCUGCGAGGCUUGGACAAUACUAUAAUCUACACCUCGACCAAGGAGGCAUGUCUUGCUGCCUGCCUCAAUGAGAAAAAGUUUCCGUGUCGUUCAGCUGAGUAUGAGUAUGGCAGCAUGAGAUGUGCUCUUAGUGAUUCUGAUCGUCGGACAGCGCAGCACUUUGUCCAACUAGUGGAUACACCUGGAACUGAUUACUUUGAGAACUUGUGCCUGAAGGCGACACAGGCGUGCAAGGGGGCGAGGAUAUUUACUGCGCCGCGUGUUGGCGUGGCUGAAGAUAAGGUGGCGCAGUAUGCUGGCCUGCAUUACUACACGGAUAAGGAGCUACAGGUCACUUCGGAAGCAGCAUGUCGCUUGGCUUGUGAGAUAGAGUCAGAAUUCCUGUGUCGAUCAUUCUUGUACCUCGGAGCUCCGCAUUCUUCAACAUACAACUGUCGUCUCUACCAUUUGGAUCACCACACCUUGCCUGAUGGACCUUCAGCUUAUCUCAACGCGGAAAGACCUCUCAUUGACGACGGGGAACCUAUCGGAAAAUACUUCGAAAACUUCUGUGAGAAGCCAGCUGCUAAUCCAAGCGGAGAGCUGCCAGUGACAAUUGAGCAUCAACAGGAUCCUAACACGCCCAGCAACUUGACCAGGAACGAUGCUAAUUGUGACAAAACCGGGACUUGCUACGACGUGUCCGUGCACUGCAAAGAUACAAGAAUCGCCGUUCAGGUUCAUACGAAUAAGCCCUUCAAUGGAAGAAUAUACGCCCUGGGUCGGUCAGAAACGUGUAACAUAGAUGUGGUGAACAGUGACCUGUUUAGACUGGACCUCACAAUGGCCGGACAAGACUGUAAUACACAGAGUGUCACUGGAGUCUACUCAAACACAGUAGUUCUUCAGCACCACAGCGUGGUUAUGACAAAGGCGGAUAAGAUUUACAAAGUGAAGUGCACUUACGAUAUGAGUUCAAAGAACAUUACAUUUGGAAUGGUGCCAAUCAGAGACCCGGAGAUGAUAUCCAUCACGGCUGCUCCCGAAGCCCCCCCACCACGUAUCCGCAUCCUGGACAGCAGACAGCGCGAGGUGGAGACUGUCCGCAUUGGAGACCGACUCACCUUCCGCAUCGAAAUACCAGAAGACACUCCGUACGGUAUUUUUGCACGCAGCUGUGUUGCGAUGGCUAAGGAUUCGAAGAGCACUUUCCAGAUCAUUGAUGAUGAAGGUUGUCCAGUGGAUCCCUCAAUAUUCCCGGCGUUUAAUCCGGACGGCAAUGCUCUGCAGUCAGUGUACGAAGCGUUCAGGUUCACAGAGUCCUACGGGGUCAUCUUCCAGUGCAACGUCAAAUAUUGUCUGGGGCCAUGUGAACCUGCGGUAUGCGAAUGGGGCAGAGAAUCUAUCGAGUCUUGGGGAAGAAAGAGGCGUUCGCUGCCACAGAAUGAGACUGAAACCGCUCAAGAAGAAGAUAUGAACAUAUCACAGGAAAUAUUAGUUCUCGACUUCGGCGACGAGAGACAGAGCACAGACUUCCUCCGCUCUGAUAAACCUGGGGGCACUGCGUCUGAGACCAACUUUGGUGGGGAAAAAACUGUCACAAUCGUAGAGCCGUGUCCAAGCAAAGGAUCUGUUCUACUGCUAGGAGUUGCAUGCGCUUUGCUAGUGCUGUUGUACAUCGCUACGAUCUUUUGUUACUACAUGCGCAAAUGGAUGGCCCCGCCCAAACACUUGUAACAAGAUUGCACAAUAUCUAUCUAGCUGGCAUCUUGUGAUAGACAACUUACAUUCCAGCUAAUUUGAUCCGUCCAUGCAUUUAUUAAUAGCUACAGCUAUAUAGUGUAGAGAAUGUAGUGGUGUACCUACUUAAUGUUGUGUAACCAAGACGACACCACCGCGUCGUCAUGUUGACGACAAACAGUUGCAUUUAUAAGCAUUUAUUACUUUAAGAUAUUCUUAGUUAAAAACUUAUUGUAUUGAAACAGCAUUUUGCAUUAUUUAGUCAAACUAUGAGUGAAUUAUUCCAAAAUUAAAUUUCUAAAUAUACUGUUGUUCUGGUUUAAGUCACAGAGACAGGCGCAGUGUGAUGCGGUUGUGCUAUUUUCGCAGUACGCUUCAUCAUAAGUCAUUUUGUGAUGAGUCUCAGAAAAUUUUGUUACUCAUGACACCGCUAAUCAUCAGAUGAACCAUAGAAAAAUAAAAACAGAUUUUCAAAAAUGGUUUCUUCGUGCUGCAUCUAUGAUACUUAAAUUUAAUUCAGUUUUUUUGUAUUUGAUUCCAUUAAAAAAAUUUGAAAAGGUGAUUUCUCUAAUCAUAUUUUGAAGUGUCAGGAAAAUUUCUAUAUAAAAACCGAUUGUAUUGUUGUUUCCAUAAAAUUAUUUUAAAUGUAGGUUUUAAGUAGAUGUUAAUAUUUAAAAAUUAUUAAAAUGUUAUUGGAAUAAUCUCUUCAAAUUUUGCUAUUCUGUAGAACUAGCGAACAAUUUCAUGAGAUUAUUCUGAACGAUUACAAUACAUAUUGGAUAAAUUAUUUUAUAUACUGAACUUAUUGUGGAGAGUUUUCAUGAUAAUAAUUAUUAAUAAUGCUGAUUAAUUAUUAUUAAUCAAAUUAGUUAUGUAAGAACAUUUAAUGUAUACUAAUAGAUUAGAAUCUAUACAAUGGUACCUUGAUAUAAAUUGUAAAUAUCCAUUUUACUGUCAAAUAUGUGUCAAUUCUAAGAUUACUCGAAGCUUUGGAAUACUUUAUCUUUUUGAACUUUCAGUUGGGUUUUGUCGAAAUGAUUCAAAAGUAUAAUUUCCCUUAACCCAACUUGAGAUUUCUUCUUAUUUAUUUACAAAAACUACUUUUUGAAAAGUGACUUAUUUAUAAUAAAUAAUUUGUACAAAUUACAAAA